AUGUCUUCCAUUUCGGCACCGCCAACUCCUCCGCCUGAGCGCCGGUCGCCAGAGGGGAUGGAUGCGUGGAUUCUAGGGGCCGGCAUUUCUUCUCUGACUGCAGCUGUACACCUCAUUCAGGAAGCGCAUGUGCCUCCAUCUCGUGUUCACAUCCUUGAAACCCUCAGUCAAGCUGGCGGCGGGACUAUCAGUACGGGCGACCCGAUCAAUGGAUAUGAUUGCCGGGCAGGAGGGAUGCCUCCAUUCAACGACGCCUGUAUGGAAGAACUUCUCUCCCUGGUUCCCUCUAGGACAAAGUCAAACCAGACCGUCCUCGAAGACCUUGACGAGUUCUGGGCCACCGAAGCCAUUAAAGAUCGUCCUCAUACUCGCUUCCUCACCCGUCAUAAACAUAGUCUUGAACGCAUUGACGCCAAACGAGCGAGUUUGGGACUGCGCGACCGCGUGGACCUCUUCAUGCUGGUUUCAAAAUCGGACAAGUCCCUGGGCCGCUCGCGCAUCUGCGACCAUUUCAGCAAUAGCUUCUUCAAAAGCUGCUACUGGAUGCUACUUUCCACGACCUUUGGCAUAAAGCCUGUCCAUAGUGCAGCCGAGUUCCGGCGCUACCUUCAACACUACAUGCACAGCAUUCACGAGAUCCACCUUCGCCGGAAGCUAGAUGGUGGCCGUUUUAACCGGCACGAGUCUAUCGUCGCACCGGUCGCUCAAUUCCUGCGGUCCCGGGGCGUAGACUUCCGCUUUCACACGACAGUCACUGAUAUCAUCACUACCCCUUCAAGCAGCGAUCCACACCGGGUAUCAGCCAUCAAAGCCAUACAUGAAGAUGAGCCCGAGCAGACGAUAAACCUGGGGCCGCGGGACAUCGUGCUGGUCUCACUAGGCUCGGUUAUGUCCGGCUCCACAACGGGCACCAAUACGUCCCCACCAUCCCUGGAACUAAUGGAGAUCGAGAAAGACUUGGACGAGAACUGGCUUCUGUGGCUGGAGCUAUCCACUAAGAACCCUAUCUUCGGGAACGCAUACAACUUCUGCACACGCAUGGGAGAGUCCCGCCUGGAAUCCUUCACCGUCACCUUUUCCUCCCCCGAGUUCUUCAACCGUUUUACCGCCCUCACCGGUGAUAAAGUAGGAUGCGGCACUUUCGUCACCCUCAAAGACACUCCCUGGCUCCUGAACCUCAAUCUCCCCCAGCAGCCUCUAUUCCCCGAUCAACCUGCGCACGUGCAGGUGCUCUGGGGCUACGCAAUGUACCCCGAGCGGGAGGGCGACUACGUCAAGAAACCCAUGCUCGAAUGCUCGGGACAAGAAAUCAUGGAAGAGAUAUUAAAACAACUGAACUUCCCUGUGCAGGGGAUCCUAGACCACUCCAUCACCCUACCCUGCGUGAUUCCACGAGCAGCGGCAACACUGUUGCCCCGCUUGCGCGGCGAUCGACCACAAGUGAUACCCCCGGGGAUCGACAACCUCGGACUCAUUGGCCAAUUCGUGGACAUCCCGGGAGAGGUGGCCGUGACGAUGGAUUACAGUGUGCGGUCAGCACAGACGGCGGUCCGCCAGCUAAUGGGGCUGGAAACGCACAAGACAGUAUCCAAGCGAAGUUCCGCGGUCAAUCUGCGGGCUUUGUAG